AUGUUGAUCGAACAAAUUCCAACUUCAUCCUCGUCCUCAGAUGUCGGCGCCGAGAGUGGCGACCGGGAAACCUUGUUCCAGGCCCAAGUUGAAAACCCCAGCCCAUCCUCUCAACUUCCACAACAAAUCAGCGCCGCCGCUCCACCUCCCGCAGUGGACGAAGAGACCUUACGGUGCCUCGAUAAAAUCCUCCGGAGUAUACCCUCCGAUAUGGACAAUGCGGCAGCUUAUGCCGCACUUAAAGCUAAACUUGGGAUUUCCCGGUCUAAAGAGCCUGCUUCGUCUUCUAAAACAAAAAUCCCACCUAGCUCUCCUACAUCACCUCCACCUCUUCCCAUCCAACCUCCACCAUCCCCUUUAGCCCAGCCUUCGCCUCCUUCCCCAACAUUUACCCCUAUCCAGUCGGUGGAUUACGGCGGGGAAGCCUCUGACGAGGAAGGCUAG